AUGAAGAUCUCUACCGUUGUUGUUAGUGCUCUAUUGGCGGUGCAGGCAUCAUGCGCCGCCACACCUCGUAACGAUGACUACAGCCAGCUACAAGCUCUGGUCGAGCAGGCAGCAGAAGUCGCCAAGGAGGAACUGGCGGCGGCUGACUCGAGCAGCGAUGUGAAGCGUGCACCACCACCACCGGGAGGCGGACCGGGCCAUUGUACUCUUGACAAGCUGUCGAUCAGGAGGGAGUGGAGUACCCUAUCAAAGAAGGACCGGAAGGCCUACACGGAUGCUUGCAGAUGCCUGGCUGCUAAGCCCCCCCAAACCCCCGCAUCUUUCGCCGCUGGUGCCAAGUCAAGAUGGGAUGACUUCACUGCAACGCACAUCUCACAGACGCCAUUCAUCCAUUUCACGGGCAACUUCCUAUCAUGGCAUCGAUGGUUCGUAUAUCAGAUGGAACAGGCUCUGCGCAAUGAGUGCGGCUACAAAGGUCCCAUGCCAUACUGGGACUGGGCUCAGACCGCUCAGACCGGUCUACUGAAGCACGCUCUGUUCGACGGGUCAGAGUACUCGAUGAGUGGUGACGGGGCCAAGGUCGAGCAGUCGGGUGAUAUCAUUGUGGAACAGCCAACCCUACCUACCCUCAUCUUACCAACGGCCAACGGCGGUGGCUGCAUCAAAUCAGGCCCGUUCAAGGACUGGAAGGUGAACAUGGGACCUCAGCAGCUUUCCAUCCCUGGAGGAGGUGUCGUCGGUGCCCCGUCGGGCAACCCUCUUGACUACAACCCUCGCUGCCUCAAACGUGACUUGACCGACUACAUCAACAGGCGUUUCGCCAACGCGACCUCGGUCAUCAAGACCCUCAGCGAAAAGACCAUCGGAAACUUCCAGGCUAGAAUGCAAGGCAACCUCGACAUGGUAAAUGGCGACAUUGGCAUUCACGGCGGCCCUCACUACACCCUGGGCGGCGACCCGGGCCGCGAUGUCGGUGUCUCUCCAUCGGACCCGAUGUUCUUCCUGCACCACGGCGGCGUCGACCGCGCAUGGUGGAUCUGGCAGAUGCUCGACCCCAAGAACAGAGUCUACGGCAACAACGCCAUCAACGGCACCGGCACCUUCUUGAACCUGCCACCCAGCCCCGAGCAGACUCUCGACGACACCAUCGAGCUGCAACACGUGACCAACGAGGUCAUCACGAUCAGAGACCUGAUGUCCACAACUGCCGGACCGUUCUGCUACAUCUACCUUUAG